AUGAUGAGCCUGUUGUAGGGUUGUGAGCAUGGGGUAGAGAGACUCGUGGUGAGAUGGUGCAACUCACUACCUACAGGUGACUAUGAUAGUGCUAGUGGUGCUGCUGGCGUGGGUCAUGUCACUAGGUCAAGGUCGUGGACAAGCGCAAGACAAACAAGAGUGUGGAGGGAUGCUGACGGCAGCACGAGGAGUUCUACAUACACCCAAUUUCCCUCGCAAAUUCCAGACGCCACUUCGCUGUCACUGGGUGAUAGACGCCAGUCAGGCUAGUGACACUCAGGCGAGUGCUUCCAUAGUCGUAUACUUCACCCAGCUGUUCGUCACUACAGGUCUGUCCUUUACAGAGUUUGAUUACUACGAGCACGACUCUACUUUCCAGCUGGGCGGAAAGGAAAUUCAUAGGGUGACUGAGCAGAAUGUGACCCGCGUGGAGUGGCUACUGACCCGAAGGAACUACCUGGUAGUAGACUUCACUCUGGACAGACUGGAGGGCAACCAUCUCCGUGUCCUGGACGACCUUCUGGAUGUCUACGGGUUCAACAUCACCUACGAGGUCACCCAAGAGCCGAGACAUGCUUGCAGCGUGGUGGGAUGCUCAAUGUCCGGUCACUGCUACGCCUCUCAAGACUUCAAGGAGUACUGGUGCUCGUGUUUCCGUGGGUUCUCCGGCCCAGAGUGCGGUAAAGGCCCCUUGUGUCAACCUACCAGCAAUGUGUGCGAGAAUGGGGCUACAUGCAGACAAGUAGGUGCUAUAGCAAGUACUUGUGUCUGUCUUGAGGGAUAUACAGGAGCGCGCUGUGAGCUUCGGAUGUCUGACCAAGAUUGUUCCGAAAAUGAAAGCUGUACGACACAAUGCCCAGAAGAUGGCACAGCUGAGCCUUGUGCUUGCGGACAUCGCGGGCUUCCUCUCAAUAAUGACAAGGCAAGAUACGAGGGAACUUUACGGUUGGCCAACGUAACUGCAGCAAGAUACUGUGUUGAGAGUGUCAUGUGUCAACUUAAACCCACGCUUACUAAACAGAUUUCAAAAUAUCUCAAGAGCAGCAAUCUAUCAAUAAUGGAGGACAUUAGAGUUAUUGACGUUGGACUCAGCGGAGAGGUUCGAUUCCACUUCUGGGGCAGCAAGUCCGAAGGCUCCAAGGUGAGAGACUCCUUCAACAGAUUAGUCCAGAGGGGAAGACUUGGAAAUGUCACUCUGGUCGCCACACACCUUGCCAUCACGCAGGAGCCUUCACUACAUCUCCAGAGUGUCCAGAUAAAUCAUUCCAAAGCUACGAUACGGCAAGGAGAAGAGUUCAUCUUGACUUGCGUCGCACAAGGAUCUUCCCACCUCGUAUUCCACUGGUUCAAAGACGGAAUAUACAUAAAUUCCACUAAGUCAAUGCGGAACAUGUGGGUACGAGUACUGCCACUGGACUCAGCAGAGCAGCACACAGCUCUCUUGGGCGUGGCUGAGGCGGAUCCCCUAGACACUGGUAGAUACACGUGUCAAGUUAUAGAUUGGGGCUAUCAGCAGUGUCGUUCCCUCAACCUAGAGGUGCUACAAGAGCCUAACGUCCGGGUGGAUCCUAUGAGUAUUACUGUGGAGAAGGGUAAAAAUGUAACGGUUAGAUGCACCGCUCCAAAUGAGCUGCAAUUUGAAAGCAAGUUAGGAUACAGCUGGACGAAAAACAACGCCUUGUUUAAAAUGACACCAAAUGAGGAGUUUUGGGAAGACUUGUACCCUGGUGGUAGUUAUCUACGCAUUUACAAUGUACAGAAGUCGGCCACAUACUCGUGCCACGUCCAUGGCAGUGUACGCUCCGUGCCUCGCAGUAUGAGGCUGGAGGUGCUCAAUCAGACAGUGGCGCCAUGGUGUCCAGAGGACGAAACCGGGGUAGGUGGUAUCCGAUGGGAGCAGGCCGGGCCGGGGGUAGUGGCCAGAGUAGACUGCCCUGUACACUACCAGGGCAUUGCUACGAGACUGUGUCUGCUAGUAGAGAACCGCCAAGUGCGCUGGCAGACUCCAGACUUCUCAGACUGCGUGUCCGACAAGAUCAUAUCAGUUUCCAAUAACUUUCACAAGAUUACCUUGGGCUACGGAAACACAACUGCCUUGGACGCGGUGUUUGGCGUGCUGACGUCACUGAGGGACCGUGGAGUUGUAUAUCCGGGGGAGGGAGAGCCUGCUAUUGGUCUACUUCACAGGGUAAAGUCUUACCUAAACAAGACUGGCAGCUGGUCAGAACUCGCCAACGCCACCAACUACUUCUACAGCGCUGUCAACACGUUGUUACAACAUAGGAACUCAGUCAUACACCACCAGAAGGUAGAAGAGCUUGUUGGCGUAGUGUCGGCCUGGACGGGGAUGUGGGGAGCCCAAGCAGGAACCGGAAGUGGUCACCUUGCCUUUGACAGUCUCGUCGUGGACUUGUUCCGGUUUGAAGAACCAUCCUUCCGCCACGAUUUUACAAUUAGGAUUCCUAGACCUACUUACAGCUAUCCACCAUGGUUCAGCUCCAGGGUAGUCUUUGACAUUGGUAGCAAUAGAGUCUACACGAACAUGACUACUAGUCUAGGAGUUGUUGUGUACAACAGGUUAUCAGACUUCCUACCGCAGCGUUAUUCACAAACUUUAGAGAGUGGCGUGGAGGUACAGUACGAGGUAGUCUCAGAACUAGUGACUGUGGUGUCAAGAGGACCUCUAGUAGUCUCGGUGUCUUUAGAACUGGCGGUGGUCUCUCGCCCUGGCUGGGACCUCUACUGUGGCACCUCCGCCGCACCCAGCAUCCUCUGGAACCUCACUACUUGUCAAGUGACACCCCUGGGAGCAAACAGAACACUGUGCCUGUGUGACGGACCCAGUACAUUCGCUGCACUUCUGGUCAAGGUCAUACACCACAAAGACCAUUCACAACGUAAGACCACUCCUCGUGUCGUGUUGCUUGGAUGUGCAUGUUGUCUAGUCCAGUCCCUACUGACACUAGCGCUCCUGGUGGUGAGAUGGCGGCGACAUAGGACUUGUCUAAUGUUUCUCAAGCUUCAGUGUAGUGCUUCCAUCUUGGCAUCUAUGGUCGUUUUUCUCUACGCUUGUAGCAGAUCUCUGCCCCAGGAUUUAUAUCCACCAGUUUCUACGUCUCUUCAAGCCAUUAUUCUAAUUAGCUUGUCCAGUCAUCUUAGCAAAGUACUUCUCGUCUACACUGAAGUCAUUUACCUCCCAAACGUAAAGAAUUUGAAACAAACAAUAAUAUUCAUCAUGUCUGGGGUGCCUCUACUUGUUGUCCUUUGCAACCACAUCUCACAGAUCUCAAUGAACAGGAGAGAGAACUCUUGGUGGUUGGUCAGAGGAACUGUGAUAUUUUACUCCUGCGUGUUCACUGUGCUUCUGCUUAUAGUUCUCUUCAUUUUCAUACUCUUCCAUGUCAACAGACGGUUGAGGUCAUUGUUAUCUUUGAAGAGUGAGGAUACAAGGAAGGCAGUUCAAAGAAGACUUGGGUUGUUGCGUCGCGCUGGUGUAAUGUUCAGUGCGACAGCAGCGAUGGCAGCGUCUAGCGUGGUCUACGUGAACUACCCGUCUCUUAAGACUCAGUAUUUGUUUUGUCUAUCAUGUGCCUUACUGGGUUUUCUGCUGCUGGUAUGCUACGUGCUGCACGGGGAGUCCCAUUUACAUGUACACGUGAAGCUGCAGCACGCCGAGAACCCAGUAUUCAGCUCGGAUUCUGAUAGCAGUCCACUCAGCAUAUUUACAAAGCAAGAAGCAGAAGUAGAGUGCGAAGGAGCGCCGCCUUCAACAGAUAAGAACAACUCCAACAAAAAAGGCGACUUUUUCAAAACGUCCCCCACGGGAUCGUAUAGGAGGUUUGAAGAUAAAGAAGAAUUCAAUACAUUUAAAGGGAGCACAACAAAAAUUGAGCUUCCUACAGUGAGUGAGAAGGUAUUUCGGAGUGAGAAUGGAGUAGAUAUUUUCUCGACGGGACCUGUAGACCAAGAGAUAACAGCGAAGAUAACGUCACAGCUAGGGAGUCCUCGUCGGACGUUGUCAGAGAAGCCAUGUCCGGCUGAGCCAGGGACUACACGUGUGUGUGUGAUCACCAGUGUGGUAGUGGACACAGCUAGUGUGGUAGUGUGUAGUGUGGACGUGGAGCCUUGCAGUGUGAUGAACAAGAGUAUUGUCAGCUCCGGGGAAGCGCCAUCCACCACAGGAAGUCCACCACAGCUGAAGGAAAAAGACACUAUUGAAGAUGAAAUCAUUGAUCCAGUAAGAAAAUCAGAAGAGUUCAAUGAUUUAGAGGUCGACACCGAUGUUAUGGACAGGAUUUGUCACGACCUCGACUACCUCCUGGGUGGCAACCAGAGUCCUCCUGGAGAUCCAACAGUCCCGAAGAUUUUAAUACAAAAUACUAGUUUAUAGCCCAGUUUGUAACAAUCAUGUCCGUUAUGUGUAGUAUAUAUAUUUUUGUACAUAUGUAAAUACCAUUUUUAAUGCUAGGUGUUCAUUCUUAGACGGUUGUUUAUGAUUGUUAUAUGCUCAAAUAAAUGUUAUUUUGUUAUGUUUUCAAAGUAU